GGGCUCCGUCACCCGGGUCUGUGCUCCGUCAGUAAUCACGUGAGGACUCGAGCCCUUCUGAACUAAGCAUCUGUUUAUUGUUUGAAACAGGGACCCCAGGUCUAGCCUAGGCUAUCCCGGAGUUCCCUGUGCAUCCCUUACACCUGCUUCAGCCUCUCCUGUUGGCAUCGCCUUCGUGAGCCACCCACGUCUAAAUUUCAGACAGAAUCUGGUGUUCAGCAAUGCCGAAGUCAAACAGCUGCUUCCCCUCCCUGGAUAAUUUCUUUCUCAGCAGCGCAGAUGAAGCUGGAAACUUUCCAGUUAAGGGGAAAUCAUUGGAUUGGUUUCUCCCUCCAGCUCCACUGAUUUCAGAAAUUCCAGAUAUUCAAGCGUUAGAGGAAGAAAUUGAAAGUCAUAAACUGUUAGGCCAAGAAAAGAUACCAAAAAUGAUAACAUCAAAUUUGCAGAUCAUUAAUGAAGACAAAAAUUGUAUUUCACCAACACAAAAAUUCCAUUUUCCAUAUAAUGUGGGUAAAGAUUCCCUAAAUUUAGGAGGAGCAAGUAACGAUGACUUAUUUCUGUCAUCCCGUUUUCCUGGCAAGCUGGUGUAUGGCUCAUCUCAGAAAUAUAAAGACCACCUGGGCACUAAGAAUCCACCUGCUAAGAAUGGUCCUGGUGAUUCAGAAUCACCUAAUGUUGCAGAGGAUGGAGGAGAGGGGACACCAUCAUUCAAGAAAAGCCCAGGGAAACUUACCCAAACAAAAAUAAACAAGAAGAAUUCGUGGAACUGCAGCAAUAAUAAGCAGAAACUUCAGUAUUCCACAAAUAAAGUGAAAGCAAAGGAUGAGUUUCCUGGUUCUGAAACUGGAGAAAACAUAUUCGAAGUGCCGGUCUUUUCCGUUGCAUCCCAACCUCACGACGUUCAAGGUAUAACUCCAAGUAGCCUAAGUUCCUUGAAGGCUGUUACAGAAAUCCCGGCAAAAUUUAGGAGUAUAUUCAAAGAAUUCCCUUACUUCAACUAUAUACAAUCCAAAGCCUUUGAUGAUCUUCUUUACACAGAUAGGAAUUUUGUGAUUUGUGCCCCCACUGGCUCUGGGAAAACUGUAGUGUUUGAACUUGCAAUAACUAGGUUGUUAAUGGAAGUUCCAUUGCCGUGGCUCAACAUGAAGAUUGUUUACAUGGCACCAAUAAAAGCCCUUUGUAGUCAGCGGUUUGAUGACUGGAAAGAAAAAUUUGGAUCAAUAGGCUUGAAUUGUAAAGAACUUACUGGAGAUACAGUAAUGGAUGACCUGUUUGAGAUUCAACAUACCCAUAUAAUUAUGACGACUCCAGAGAAGUGGGACAGCAUGACCAGGAAGUGGAGAGACAACUCUUUAGUUCAGCUGGUUCGACUGUUUCUCAUUGAUGAGGUGCAUAUUAUAAAAGAUGAAAACCGUGGUCCAACUCUUGAGGUUGUUGUUAGCAGAAUGAAAACUGUCCAGUCUUCAUCUAGGGCUUUACAGAAUGACAGCCCUGUCCCUAUGAGAUUUGUCGCUGUGUCUGCAACCAUUCCCAAUGCUGAGGAUAUCGCAGAGUGGCUUUCGGAUGGUGAGAGGCCUGCUGUGUGUCUGAAAAUGGAUGAGAGCCACAGACCUGUGAAACUUCAGAAAGUGGUCCUGGGCUUUCCCUGUGGCAGUAACCAAACUGAAUUUAAGUUUGACUUAGCCCUCAACUAUAAAGUUUACAGUGUUAUACGGACUUACUCCGAUCAGAAGCCCACACUUGUGUUUUGUGCAACAAGGAAAGGUGUGCAGCAGGCUGCUUCUGUUCUUGUAAAAGAUGCUAAAUUUAUUAUCUCCAUGGGACAGAAACUCAGGUUACAGAAGUCUGCAUAUUCUAUAAGGGAUUCAAAACUCAAAGAUGUCGUGGUGUAUGGUGUCGGCUAUCACCAUGCCGGGUUGGAGCUAUCAGAUAGGAAACUGGUUGAAGAACUGUUUACUUCUGGAGAUCUCCCAGUUCUUUUUACCACCAGUACUCUUGCCAUGGGAGUGAACUUGCCGGCUCACCUGGUAGUUAUAAAGUCUACGAUGCACUACAUUGGAGGCAUGUUUGAGGAGUACAGUGAGACAGACAUUCUGCAGAUGAUUGGGAGAGCCGGCAGACCUCAGUUUGACACGACAGCUACUGCAGUUAUUAUGACCCGGUUAAGCACAAGAGAGAAGUACGUUCAGAUGUUAGCGUGUAACGACACCGUAGAGAGCAGUUUGCACAGACAUCUUAUUGAGCAUUUAAAUGCAGAGAUAGUGCUGCACACCAUCACAGACGUGAACAUUGCUCUGGACUGGAUCCGGUCCACCCUCCUGUACAUCAGAGCUCUGAAAAACCCAUCUCAUUACGGUUUUGUAUCUGGAUUGAACAAAGAUGGAAUCGAAGCAAAAUUACAAGAAUUGUGUUUGAAGAAUCUGAAAGAUUUAUCAUCACUAGACUUAAUAAAGAUGGAUGAAGAUGCUUAUUUCAAACCAACAGGCAUAUCAUUGUCAAAUACCAUGGUAAAUGCAGGUUUGACUUCCUUUAAAAAAAUAGAAGAAGCAAAUGCAAGAGAAAUUGAACUGAUUUUAAGUAGACUUCCGCCUUUCGGAACCCAGAUAAAAGAAGCUGUGAUGUAUCUACCCAAGUAUGAACUUGAAGUGGAGCAGAUUUCUAGAUACAGCGACACCAAGGCGGAGAUACUGGUGACUGUUGUGUUAAGAAACUUUGAACAGCUGCAGACCAAGAGAACAGCGCCAGACACUCACUACGCUACCUUAAUCAUAGGCGAUGCAGAUAAUCAGGUCGUUCUUAAGCACAAAAUCAUGGAUUCUGUUUUGUUAAAAAGUGGACAUUGGGCUAAAAAAAUUGAUGUGAAGAGAGCUUUUAUAUCUGAAGAUCUUAGCAUUAAUCUAAUUAGUUCUGAUUAUGUUGGCCUUGAUAUUCAGAAGAAAUUUACAGUCUUUUAUUUAGGCCCCAGGAGGUGUGUAAAUCAAACAGUUAUGCAAGGAAGGUUAGAAACAGAUAUUUCUCAUCCCAAGCACUCAAAUAGAGCUGCUGCAGCACUGUGCAGUAAAGGAAUGGCUACCUGCAAAAAACCUGGGAACCGAGAAUGCAAUCAUCACUGUAAAAGUAAACAUACAUGUGCACAUGACUGCUGUAAAAUUGGAGUUCCACAAAAGGCAGAAGUUAAAGAGUCAGCAAUGUCUUCCUAUUUGUCUGACUUAAAAAGCAGAGAUGCUGUCUCUUCUCUUCCCCCAGUAAAACGACUCAAGAUACAGAUGAACAAAUCUCAAAAUGUGGACCUUAAGGAGUUUGGUUUUACUCCAAGACCUUCCCUUUCCAGUAUAUCAAGGUCAGGAUCUUUAAACAUCCCAGAGUUGCCAAUGUCAGAAACAUGGAGUGAGUGUGAAGUCUAUGGAGAAGUUCCACAGGAACCAUCUGAAUAUCAUGGCAAAGAUUUUCUCAGAUGGAGCUCUUGUAUAACUUCAAAUGAAAGGACUCCUCAAACAGUGAUGUUCAGCAGGCACGCUAACACAUCUGGAAACCACAGUGUUAUGGGUGAAAGCAAGUGUUCUGAAGUCUUGGAUGUGAACUUUGAGUUGGGAAAUGAAGUUUGGGAUGACUUUGAUGAUGAAAGCUUAGUAGAAGUUAUGAGCUUUUCAGCCAAGGCCGAGAAGACAGCUGUAUCAGGAUUUGGAGACACUUGUGAUUCGAGUCCCUGGGGAAGUAAGCUACCCUUCCAAAAGUCAAGCAACAAAUUCCAAAGAGAAAUCUCAAACAGUUAUGCUUCAUCACAUGGAAAGCCAGAUAUUUAUCUAUUAGAUUGUGCCAUGUCCAAGUCUGGUCCAUCUCCUGUCGCAGAAUUACCUCUACAAACUGGAAGUGCAAACCUUGUCAAUUUUCAAGACAGAAGACAGCCAACUCUCUCACCAGUGAUCGAGAGGGUGAGCUUUACCCGCUCUAACAAAACACCACAGUCUCUCAACUUUCAGGAAAUGGAUAUUUUUAUUGGAAACAGUGACUCUAGAAAGGAAAUUGAUCUCAGUAAGUAUUAUCCUGAUGAUGCAGCUGAAGAAAAGAAGGCUCUUCUGGGAAUAUUUAAGGAUAUUUUCUAAAAAAAAAAAAAAAAGAAAGAAAGAAAAGAAAGAAUUAUUUUGUUAAUAAGCAAAGUAUAAACAUGUCUAAUCCCCAAAGAAUGCUUUUUUAUUUUUAAAAAUAAUUGACAACCAUUCAAAAUUUUUCUCUUAAAUUUGAUCCAUUUCUUGACUUUCUUAUAACACAAUAUAUGAACUGAUACAUUUUUAUUUCUGUUGUAACUUCUUUUACAGUUUUAUAGUUUUGUUUCAGCAAACUGGUAAUUAUCAUUAUAAGUCAUUUUUAUUAAAUCAAUUUUAAUAGAAACCAAGGUUUCGUUUUUUAUUUUCUUAAGAAAGGUGUCUGAGAGAGCGACAUAAUCCUGCGAAUGAGUCUGCUCAGUGAGCAGCGUAUCACGAACGCUUUCUCACAUGUCCUGUCCUGUCUCUCUCUGGACUUUCAAGAGUCCAGCUUUUAAAAAUGUUAUUCCAU